AUGGCGUCUAGUGGAGGGGAGAAAGAAAGAUCCGGUACCGAGCAAAUGGCAGAAAGUGUACCGAAAACAAUCAAGCAGAAGCGUACGGCAGAUGAGCUGGAUGAUAAAAGUGAAGCAAAAAACAGCUGGUGGCUUCUGUUUGGUGCAAUCUUAGUACUGACGGUUGGUACCCGCUUCUACAAUGUAACUGUUCCCGACCACGUAUGCUGGGAUGAGACACAUUUCGGCAAAAUGGGAAGCUGGUACAUUAACCGGACAUUCUUCUUCGAUGUGCAUCCACCGCUCGGCAAGAUGUUGAUCGGUCUGUCCGGUUAUCUUACCGGGUACGAUGGAACGUACCCAUUUGACAAACCUGGCGACAAGUACAACGGAACGCACUAUGAAGGAAUGCGAAUCUUCUGCACAGCACUCGGUGCAGCAAUUGUUCCAAUGUCGUUCCAUACCGUCUGGGACAUGACGGGUUCAUUGACAGCGUCCACAUUUGCAGCCGCCUACAUCCUGUUCGACAUCGGUAUGCUUAUUCUGAACCGAUACAUUCUACUCGAUCCACCGCUCAUCUUCUUUAUGACUGCUUCCGUCAUGGGUAUGGCGCGUGUGUCACGACUGACCAGAGAAUCGAGCAGUUUCUCCACUUCUUGGUGGAUUUGGUUAGCAUUCACGGGCUCCAUGUUGGCGUGUACGAUAAGUGUGAAAUUUGUCGGACUGUUUGUAGUCCUGCUGGUUGGACUUCAUACCGCAAGUGAUCUGUGGGAUGUACUCGGUGACUUAAGCCUUCCCAUCUCACACACCGUCCGUCAGCUGAUUGCACGUGCGCUUACGUUGAUUGUGCUACCAAUCAUCCUGUACACUAGCUUCUUCUACAUCCAUCUGACGGUGCUGAAUCGCAGUGGAAGUGGUGAUGGUUUCUACAGCUCCGGCUUUCAGUCCAAUCUGAUAGGCAAUUCUCUCUACAACGUGUCGAUGCCUCGACAAGUUGCCUACGGUGCUGUGGUAACGCUGAAAAACCACAAAACAGGUGGAGGAUACUUGCACUCGCACAAUCAUCUUUACCCGAAGGGUUUUGGUGCCCGCCAGCAACAGGUUACGACGUACAGCCACAAGGACGAUAACAACAAAUGGUUGAUUAAGCCAUACGACAAGCAAACGCUGGAGAACAUUACGCUCAUCAAGCACGGCGAUUUGGUACGGCUGGAGCAUGUACAGACGAAAAGAAAUCUACACUCACAUCGGGAGCAAGCGCCGGUAACGAAGAAGCACCUGCAAGUUACCUGUUACGGUGAGGACGGUCAAGGAGACACAAACGAUGUAUGGAUGGUACAGAUCGUCGGUGGAAAAUCUGGUCAGGUAGUGGAAACCGUUACGAGCCGACUGACCUUCUACCACUACAUCGAGCGCUGUGUUCUGACCACCACCAACAAACAGCUACCCAAGUGGGGUUUCGAACAGCAGGAAGUCACCUGCAAUCCCAACAUUCGCGACAAAGCCGCCCAAUGGAACGUGGAGGACAAUCAGUUUGAUAAAUUACCGAGCGUUAACUUUCAGGUUUACGCACCGGGCUUCAUUAGUCGCUUCUUCGAAUCGCACGCCGUUAUGCUGCAGGGCAAUGCCGGUCUAAAGCCGAAGGAAGGUGAAGUUACCAGUCGACCGUGGCAAUGGCCCAUCAACUAUCGGGGUCAGUUUUUCUCCGGCUCCGACCAUCGCGUUUAUUUGCUGGGCAACCCAAUCAUCUGGUGGAGCAAUUUGGUAUUUUUAGCACUCUUUUUAAUCAUUUUCGGCGUGGAGAUUAUCAGAUAUCAACGAAACUCCGCAUCCGGCCCCAACCCAGUGACAACCCGGAAUGCGUCCCCUGCGAGUUCAGCGACCGCGGACGCUACGAAAUGGCAACUGCUGCGCGCAUCCCUUUGGCUGUUCGGUGGAUGGUUGAUUCACUAUCUACCCUUCUACGCGAUGGGACGCGUCCUCUACUUCCAUCACUACUUUCCCGCCCUCGUCUUCAACUCGAUGCUCGCCGGUGUAAUGCUCGAUUACAUUACGGGUCGGCUGCCGGGAUGGUUACGUCAUGCCUGUCUGGGUACGGCGAUGGCUGGACUGGUGUACAGCUUCGUGCUCUUCUCGCCCCUCGCCUACGGCAUGAAUGGUCCCUUCAGCCACGAACCAAACUCAACGUUGGCCUCGCUCAAGUGGAUGAGCAGUUGGGAGUUUUAA